CACAAAGGAAAACUCUCUUCUCACUAAACGUGGUAUCCAUUCGAGUUUAAUGAAUGGACAUGAAGAUGUUUCUACCUCACCUCGCUCUCCUCCUACUCUUAACCACCACCGCCGCCGCUCCGACCUCAUCACAGACCGAUAAACUCGCCCUCCUCUCAUUCAAAAAGAUGAUCCAACAAGACCCCGACGGCGCCCUCUCCGACUGGCAGCGCAACAGAGACCCAUGCACAUUCCACGGCGUCACCUGCAACGAUCAACGCCGCGUCACCGCCCUCGAUCUCGCCCAGUCCAAUCUCGUCGGCCAAAUCUCCUUCUCCCCGCUUUCCUCACUCGACAUGCUCCUCUCCCUCAACCUCUCCGCCAACUCCUUCGUCGUCAACGCCAACUCUUCUCUCCUCCAAAUUCCAUAUUCCGUCAAGGAGCUCGAGCUCUCCUUCUCCGGCGUCAUCGGCCACCUACCGGAGAACAUGUUCGCCAAUUGUCCUAGUCUUCAAUACGUCAAUCUUGCCUUCAACAACAUCACCGGAUUUCUACCGGAGAAUCUCUUCCUCCACAUUGAUAAGCUCAAAUAUCUCGAUCUAUCCUACAACAACGUCUCCGGCACCAUCUCCGGUUUGAAGAUUGAAAAAUGCAGCUCCCUUUCUCACCUCGAUUGGUCGGGGAAUCAGAUUUCCGGAUCGCUGCCGCCGUCCUUCUCCAAUUGCACCAGCCUCGUGGAGCUGAUUCUGCCGGAGAAUUUCCUCUCCGGCGAAAUCCCCUCUGCUUUUGGCGCGCUGAAAAAUUUACAAACCCUAGACCUCUCUCACAACCACCUCACUGGCUGGAUCCCGCCGGAGCUCGGCAACACGUGCGCCUCCCUCACCGACCUCAAGCUCUCCAAAAACAACAUCACCGGAUCGAUCCCCGACUCCUUCGCGUCGUGCUCGUCUCUCCAAACACUCGACCUCUCCAACAAUAAUUUGACCGGACCUUUCCCUGAUUCGAUUCUCGAAAAGUUAACAUCUCUGGAGAUCCUCCUCCUCAGCGGCAAUUGGAUUUCCGGCGAAUUUCCGGCGUCAAUUUCCUUCUGCAAGAGCCUGAAGGUGGCGGAUUUCAGCUCCAACAAGUUGUCCGGGAUCAUCCCGCCGGAUAUAUGCCCAGGCGCCGCCUCGCUGGAAGAGCUCCGGGCGCCGGAUAAUCUCCUCUACGGCCCGAUCCCCGGCCAAUUGUCUCAGUGCUCACAGCUGAAGAUAAUCGACUUCAGCAUCAAUUACAUCAACGGAUCAAUUCCAAGUGAAUUAGGAAAUCUGGAGAAUCUGGAGCAGCUGAUAGCAUGGUACAAUGGGUUGGAAGGAAGCAUACCGCCGGAGCUGGGGAAAUGCAAGAAGCUGAAGAAUCUGAUCUUAAACAACAAUCAUUUAAGCGGCAAAAUCCCUACGGAAAUCUUCAAUUGCGCUAACAUAGAGUGGAUUUCCCUCACCAGCAACGCCCUCACCGGCGAAAUCCCCAAGGAAUUCGGCUCAUUAUCUCGCCUAGCCGUUCUGCAACUCGCCAGCAACAGCUUAAGCGGGCAGAUUCCGAACGAGUUAUCGAGCUGCACCAGUUUAGUAUGGCUAGACCUCAACAGCAACCAAUUAAGCGGCGAGAUCCCACCGCGGCUAGGGCGACAGGUCGGGUCGAAGGCGCUCACCGGAAUUCUAUCAGGAAACACACUAGUCUUCGUCAGGAAUGUAGGGAACUCGUGCAGAGGAGUCGGAGGCCUUCUCGAAUUCGCCGGAAUCCGCCCCGAGCGGCUGCUGCAGGUUCCCUCGCUCAAGACCUGCGACUUCACCAGGCUCUACUCCGGCCCUGUUUUGAGUCUCUUCACGCGUUAUCAGACGCUCGAGUAUCUCGAUCUCUCUUACAAUCAGCUCCGCGGCAAAAUCCCCGAUGCGUUUGGGGAGAUGAUAGCUCUACAGGUUCUGGUCAUAUCGCACAACCAGUUAUCCGGCGAGAUUCCGGCGACGCUAGGGCAGCUCAAGGAUCUCGGCGUGUUCGACGCUUCGCACAACAGACUGCAGGGGCAUAUUCCGGAGUCCUUCUCGAUGCUGUCCUUCUUGGUGCAGAUUGAUCUGUCGUUUAACGAGCUCACCGGCCAGAUUCCGCAGAGAGGGCAGCUGAGCACUCUUCCGGCGAGCCAGUACGCGAAUAACCCCGGCCUCUGCGGCGUCCCGUUGCAGGAAUGCCAGUACACUCAAGCCUCUUCCAAUCCAGACGACGACGAACAGGGGCGGAAGAGCGGGAGGAGUGCCCCGUGGGGUAACAGCGUGGUGAUGGGGUUACUGAUAUCCGUAGCCGCCGUGUGCAUCAUGAUCGUGUGGGCCAUCGCGGUCCGGGCGCGGCGGAGGGAGGCGGAGGGGGUGAAGAUGCUGAGCAGCCUUCAGGCCUCCUACGCCGCCACCACGUGGAAGAUCGACAAGGAGAGGGAGCCCCUCAGCAUCAACGUCGCCACGUUCCAGCGCCAGCUGAGGAAGCUCAAAUUCUCGCAGCUGAUCGAGGCCACCAACGGCUUCUCCGCCGCUAGCAUGAUCGGCUCCGGCGGAUUCGGGGAGGUGUUCAAGGCCACGCUCAAGGACGGCUCCAGCGUCGCCAUAAAGAAACUCAUCCGCCUCAGCUGCCAAGGCGACAGGGAGUUCAUGGCGGAGAUGGAAACGCUAGGGAAAAUCAAGCACAAGAAUCUAGUCCCAUUGCUAGGCUACUGCAAAAUCGGAGAGGAAAGGCUUCUAGUGUACGAGUUUAUGGAUCACGGCAGCUUGGAGGAGAUGCUCCACGGGCGGUCGAGGAGGAAGGAAGGAGGCGGUGGCGGUCGGUUGCUGAGGUGGGAGGAGAGGAAGAAGAUCGCGAGGGGGGCGGCCAAGGGGCUCUGUUUCCUCCACCACAACUGCAUCCCGCACAUCAUCCACCGCGACAUGAAGUCGAGCAACGUGCUCCUGGACAACGAGAUGGAGGCGCGGGUGUCCGACUUUGGGAUGGCGCGGCUGAUCAGCGCGCUGGACACGCACCUGAGCGUGAGUACCCUGGCGGGGACGCCAGGGUACGUGCCACCUGAGUACUAUCAGAGCUUCAGGUGCACGUCGAGGGGAGAUGUGUACUCGUUUGGGGUGAUCCUGCUGGAGCUGCUGACGGGGAAGAGGCCGACGGAUAAGGAGGACUUUGGGGACACGAAUCUGGUGGGGUGGGUGAAGGGGAAGGUGAGGGAAGGGAAGGGGAUGGAGGUGAUCGAUGCGGAGCUGAUGUCGGUGAACAAGGCCACGGAUGAGGCCGAGGCCGAGCAGGUGAAGGAGAUGGUGAAGUACUUGGAGAUCUCGCUGCAAUGUGUGGACGAUUUCCCCUCCAAGCGCCCUAAUAUGCUGCAGGUUGUGGCCAUGCUCAGGGACCUUGGAUCUGCUCCCAAUAGUGCUUGAUCAUAUCAUCUUCACCUCUCUUUCUCAUAAACUGUAAUAUCACUUUUUUCUGUCAAUUAAAAAAUCUUCAAUUUUGAACAACA